UUUUUCUUUCUGGCUUACUUCACUCUGUAUAAUCGGCUCCAGUUUCAUUUUUCUUUUUCUUUUUUAUCCAGGAUCCUGUCCAGGAGCACGUUGCAUUUAGCUGUUAAUGUCUCUUCAGACUCACUGUGGACAGUCUUUCGGCCUUUCCCUGGCAUUUAUAUCUUUGACAGGUUUAAAGAGCAGGCUUUACAUUCUAUGGGGUGACCCUUAGCCUGGAUUGAGCUGUUCCGUGAGUAAACUCGGGUCAUGAGCUCUCAGCAGGAUCAGGCACAGAAAUGAUGUGAUGUAUAGUCAUUACCAAGGGGUACAUGAUGUCUAUCAUCCACCGUUUUUAGAUGUUAAACUUGAUAUCUGGUCAUGUCAGUGCCCUUUACAUUUCUUUAUCUUCAAGUCACUGUUCUUCCUUUUCCAGUUGCUUAGUCUUUUGUGGGAAGGUAUUCUAAGAUUUCAGUGAUAAUCUUGCUCCUGAAGGUGCCUCCUACUACUGGACCUAAUGUCCAUUGACAACCCACUUGCCUCAGUUGAAGGAAAUGGCAGUCCACGCCAGUACUCUUGCCUGGAAAGUCCAAUGGACAGAGGAGCCUGUUGGGCUCCAGUCCGUGGGGUUGCAAAGAGUGGACACGACCGGGCCCAGGCCGUACACCUGCCUCAGUGGUGAUUUCCCUGGCCUGUGUUUCUUCUGUGUGUCUUAGUGUUUGGGAUGGAAGAGCUUUCCUUUGCCACUGUUUGUUUAUUGUUUAUACCAAUAUGGACUUCUGAAGUUUUUCAAUGGACUUUAAUUUCUUAUUAUUAUUUAACAAAUGUUUUCAUGCGUAAAUUGUCCCCAGUCUGGUCAGUAAGCCCUGCUUUGGGCUGAUUCCUCUGUCUCUGUAACACAUUCCCACCAUUGGAUCAUUCUUAAUGGUUCGUAGUUGAGAGAUACUGCCUUCCCUUAGUGAAGCGUGGGAUUGGCUUCCUAGGGGGCUGUUUCUGCCUCUGCAUCCCAUGAAUCACAGCUCCAGCUGCCUUUUUGCUCCCUCUGCAGCAUGGCCAGCCUCAGGAGCACUUUCUCCUGGAAUGGAGCUUGUCAGCAGGCUGCUGAGUGUGCUCUCUGGGCUUCGCGUAGCUCCCAGGAGAUCCAAGUCUUCGGCAGGGCGGUGGGAGGUGUUGCGUCCCUCUUUCCAGGUGCAGUCGGGUCUGCUUUUCACACUAUUCAGGAUCUCCACGUGGCCACCAGGUAGGAUGACUUGACGGCGUUUCUGCCUGCUUGACUCUCAGCUGCCAGGAGCUUUGGCUGCUUGAGCACGUUUCCGUCACCCAUCCACAGAAACCGUCCCUUUCAAGCAAAAUGCCGUGUAUUACUUGAUCCUGACAAUUCUGAAACCCAGACUACCUAAGCAUGUGUUUUCCUUAAAUGGGAAUACCUCCUCUGUAACUCAGAAUCCUUUAAAUUUAGCUGAAGGUCAGAGAGCUUGUUUGGAAAUAAUAAAUGUUUCUUGGCAGAAUUAUUUCUCUCUCAACUCCUGGGGUUUUUUUUGUAGCUCAGUACUUUGAAGCUUGUAGUAGAAUUGACUGUAGUAGAAGGACCGAUUCAUUUCUCGACUUAGGAUUUGUCCUUUACUCUUGGCGCGUGUAGUUAAUAAGAAAUAAAACAUUACUACUUAUUUGUGUAAAUGCAAAUUUGUGUCACUGAUUACUUCAGUGACUUAUAAAAUCUUUUGUAUUUCAGUCACUUACAGAGAGGACUUCAAGUUCAGUAUUAAAGGUGACAUAAAAAAAUUUUACCAAAGGAGGGAAAUCCUUGGAUAUCAGGGACAAGUAUUGCAGUUGUAAUUCUGCUGAGACCUGAAUUGACGCUGAAGCCCUGGCAACCUUAGAGUUGCAAGAAUAGGAAGCAAAGAUAGAGUUCCACUUCAUUCACUCCAUACGGCCGCCCCUCUUUGGCCGUGGACUGUGCCUUACUCUGGCCUUCACUCAUAUCAUUGAUUGGGGUAGAACACAGGCAGGAAGGAGAAUGUGUUGCUCUAAAUCCACUACGGUAAGUCCCCUCCCUACACAUUCUGUUCUGAGAGUGCGUUCGUAGUCCAGUCUAUUUGUAAGUCCAACAAAGUUAGCCUAGGUACCCAACUAACACAAUUGGCUAUAUAGUACUUUAAUACAUCUAUAUAAUACUUUUCACACAAUACAUAAAAAACAAACACAAAAAAUAAGUCAUUUUUGACAAUUAAAAACCAUUCAGUUUUAUUAAUAUAUAUUCAUUUCACAUAUAGUUAAAAUCUUUUACAGUUCAUUGUGUUGAUUAAAAUGCAAAUUACAGGCUCUCAGAAACAUGUGACCUAAUGACGGUUAUGAUUUCUGUGAUUUACAAAAUGGAGGCUAAUCAUUUAGUAAGCAUGGAUGUACAUGAACUGUAAGUAAAAACAUUUUUAAUGUUACAGUACGGCAUAUUGAAAAGUAUGGUACAACAGCUGGCAUACGGGCUGGCGUCGAGUGAACAGGUGAAAAGAGUUGCUGACUGGAGGAGGGACGGGGUGGGGGAGAUGGUAGAGCUGAAGGGUCGUCAGCCACCGGAGACAGAACGAGCUGCGGUUUCGUCACGCCUGACGAUCGUGGCUCAGGUUCUGGUUUCUUGCUGGAUUCUAUUCUAUCUACCCUCUUGAAAACACGACCCAGUGGUGUCUGGAUAGUGGCUCUCCUUUUUUUCUCAUCAUAGAUGACACAGUGGCAGUGGUUUGCGUUCUGAAGGGCUGCUGCGGUCUUCGUGUACCGAUACUUUCUGGCUCCCAUGCCUCAGAAACUGACCGUGCCUCCUCAGACAGAGCUAACCUAGGCGGCCGGGCACGCGGAUGCGCGUUGUCUCGGACAGUUUGCGGCUGUACUCCAAAACCAAUUUUAAACGAAGUAUCUCCGCUAAUGGAUCUCUAGGCCAGCUGAGCUGCAUUUCCUUCCCACCCAAGGAAGAGAAGCGCCUCCAGCAGAUGGUGGACUGCCUGCCCUGCAUCUUGAUCCUCGGCCAGGACUGCAGUGUCAAGUGCCAGCUGCUGAACCUGCUCUUGGGGGUGCAGGUGCUUCCCACCAACAAGCUGGGCGGUGAGAACUGUAAGCUUCGGCGCCUCCGCUUCACCUAUGGGACUCAGACUCGGGUCAGCCUGGCGCUCCCUGACCAGUACGAACUAGUGCACACGCUGGCUGCUCACCAGGGCACCUGGGAGACCGUCCCUGAGGAGGACCUGGAGGUGCGGGAGGACAGUGAGGACGCUGCCCGCGUUCUAGCCGAACUGGAGGUGACGAUGCGCCAUGCUCUCUUACAGGAAGUGGACAUUGUGGUAGCACCGUGCCAAGGCCUCCGGCCCACAGUGGAUGUUCUGGGUGACUUGGUGAAUGAUUUCUUGCCUGUGAUAACCUAUGCGCUCCACAAAGAUGAACUCUCUGAGAGGGAUGAGCAAGAGCUUCAGGAAAUCCGAAAGUAUUUCUCCUUUCCCAUAUUCUUUUUCAAAGUGCCGAAGCUGGGCUCGGAGAUAAUUGACUCCUCCACUGAAAGAAUGGAGAGUGAAAGAUCGCCGCUUCAUCGCCAGCUGACUGACCUGGGCUAUCUGAGCAGCAGCCAGUGUAACUGUGGGGCCCCUGGCCAGGACACCAAAGCUCAGAGCAUGUUGGUGGAGCAAAGUGAGAAGCUGAGACACUUGAACACGUUUUCUCACCAGGUGCUGCAGACACGCCUGGUGGACGCAGCCAAGGCCCUGAACCUGGUGCACUGCCGCUGCCUCGACAUCUUCAUUAACCAGGCUUUUGACAUGCAGCGGGACCUGCAGAUUACGCCCAAACGUCUGGAAUACACUCGAAAAAAGGAGAAUGAGCUGUAUGAAUCAUUGAUGAAUAUUGCCAACCGGAAGCAAGAGGAAAUGAAGGACAUGAUCGUUGAGACUCUUAACACCAUGAAGGAGGAACUUCUGGAUGAUGCCGCCAACAUGGAGUUCAAAGAUGUCAUUGUCCCUGAGAAUGGAGAACCAGUGGGCACCAGAGAGAUCAAAUGCUGCAUCCGACAGAUCCAGGAGCUCAUCAUUUCCCGGCUUAAUCAAGCAGUGGCUAACAAGCUGAUAAGCUCCGUGGAUUACCUACGUGAGAGCUUCGUUGGAACCCUGGAACGGUGUCUGCAGAGCCUGGAGAAGUCUCAGGAUGUCUCAGUUCACAUCACCAGUAAUUAUCUCAAACAGAUCUUAAAUGCUGCCUAUCAUGUUGAAGUCACAUUUCACUCAGGGUCCUCAGUUACAAGGAUGCUGUGGGAGCAAAUCAAACAGAUCAUCCAGCGAAUCACUUGGGUGAGCCCACCUGCCAUCACACUGGAGUGGAAGAGGAAGGUGGCCCAGGAAGCCAUCGAGAGCCUCAGUGCCUCCAAGCUGGCCAAAAGCAUUUGCAGCCAGUUCAGGACUCGGCUCAACAGUUCUCACGAGGCCUUUGCAGCUUCCUUGCGGCAGCUGGAAGCUGGCCACUCAGGCCGGUUGGAGAAAACUGAAGAUCUAUGGCUGAAGGUUCGGAAAGAUCAUGCUCCCCGCCUGGCCCGCCUUUCGCUGGAAAGCCGUUCUCUACAGGAUGUCUUACUGCACCGUAAACCUAAACUGGGGCAGGAGCUGGGCCGGGGCCAGUACGGCGUGGUGUACCUGUGUGACAGCUGGGGGGGGCACUUCCCUUGUGCCCUCAAGUCGGUUGUCCCUCCAGAUGAGAAGCACUGGAAUGACCUCGCUUUGGAGUUCCACUAUAUGAGGUCUCUGCCGAAGCAUGAGCGCUUGGUGGAUCUGCACGGCUCCGUCAUCGACUAUAGUUACGGCGGUGGCUCCAGCAUCGCCGUGCUGCUCAUCAUGGAGCGGCUGCACCGGGACCUCUACACGGGACUGAAGGCUGGGCUGGCCCUGGAGACCCGUUUGCAGAUAGCCCUAGAUGUUGUGGAGGGAAUCCGCUUCCUGCACAGCCAGGGACUUGUCCACCGUGAUGUCAAACUGAAAAAUGUGCUGUUGGACAAGCAGAACCGUGCCAAGAUCACGGACUUAGGAUUCUGCAAGCCAGAGGCCAUGAUGUCAGGCAGCAUUGUGGGGACGCCAAUCCAUAUGGCCCCUGAGCUUUUCACAGGGAAGUAUGAUAACUCCGUGGAUGUCUACGCUUUUGGCAUUCUCUUCUGGUAUAUCUGCUCAGGCUCUGUCAAGCUCCCUGAGGCAUUUGAGAGGUGUGCCAGCAAAGACCAUCUCUGGAACAAUGUGCGGAGAGGGGCCCGUCCAGAACGCCUUCCUGUGUUUGAUGAGGAGUGCUGGCAGCUGAUGGAAGCCUGUUGGGAUGGUGACCCCUCUCAGAGACCUCUCUUGGGCAUUGUCCAGCCCAUGCUCCAGGGCAUCAUGGACCGGCUAUGCAAGUCACAUUCUGAGAGGCCAAACAGAGGACUCGAUGAUUCUACUUGACAGCAGAGACCUUUCUCUUUCACUCUUUGUUUUUUUUUCCUUCCCCUCACCUUUUGGCUAUGGGAAGAAUUUGACAUUUAUUCAUUACAGAGAGCUCCCAAGGGGACUGAUGCUUGCUGGGAAACUUGAGACCCUCCCAGGCUGAGAUGACUCCCAGAUGGUGAAGAGUUGGAUGGCUGCUUAGGCAUAUCCAGCAGUCCCCUGUACCCAAGCUAUUUCUUUAGCCAAGAAAAAAUCAGUAUAAAUCUCUUCUGUAUGAAAUUUCAAGAAAAGUCGUACACAGUUCCCUUUUCCAGACUUUUUUAGCUCCAGCUGUAAUGGGGACUCUGUGCUUCCAUUGUGGAGCCCACAUUCCCAACAUUCUUAGAAGCCUUAGUAGUCCACACUCCUAUUUACACAUGGGAGGCUAGGUUUUUCUCUACCCAGAGCCGCUUUUCAGUUUACCCUCUGUGGCCUAGUUUGCUCUCAGACAUUAGUUUGCUAGCAGAUGCCCCAUGUCUCUUGCCUUAGUAGGAAGAAGCAGGGGAGGGGCUAAUGCUUAGUAAGGAGAUGAGCAGUUACAGUUCAUUUUUUAAAAAGUAUCAAGAAAAGGUGCAAAAUAUUCCUGAAAGUCUCCAGGCCAGCCACAGUCCAGAUGUAGAUAUUUGGAAGUGUUAUUUAAACACUCAGCAGGCUGAGUACAGGAAUACAUAUGUAUAACAUGUGUUUAUACUUUGCUUUUGUUUAAUAACAGUGUCCACUAAUUUUGGGUUCUUUAUUCCUUGGCACCCAUUAUUUAAGUGAUGGAAUGCCAUGAAAUGUACUGUAUUGUAUAUUACUUGGGAAGACACUAGAUAUUCAAAGAAGUCUGGCAGUUCUUGGACUGUAGAGGGCUCCACAAGACCAAAGUCUUGAAGAUUUUACCUCCUAGCUUUGGUUGUCUGUGCUCCCACGUGAUGCGGUGAGAUUGUGGCUGGGGUAGGAGGAAGGGUGGAGAGAAGAAUUACCCUUACUGUGUUCCCUCCUCCUUACCACCUGAAUUAGGGAAAUUUACCUCAGCCUGAAAUUGAUCACCUGGCCACUUUUAAUGUGCUUGAAGUCUGGGCCCUUCCGUUGCUUCAGAACUGGCUGAGGAACCUUCCUGCCGAGCAGUCAGGAGACACAGUGUGGUCUGGGGCUCCAGAGUCGCUGCCUUGGCCGAGGGAGCUGGCAGCAAGGUUGGUCUGGGCAGACUGAGGGACGCACGUUGGGGUGGAUUUCCCUAGACAUGCCCUAGUUCCCUGGAUCCUCUGCAGAGAGAGGCUCAUUGAGCAAAAGCCUUUCACUUCUCUGGAAAGGAGGGCUGUGCUGGUUCUUCCCAGACCAAAGAAGUCAUUUGUGACUCCCAUCAGUUUUAAAGGGACAGAGCCUAGGCAGCAGCUUCUCCUAAUUUUUAACACUAAAAAGAGUGAAAGGGAAGGCUAUAUUACUGCCACAGAUAGAAACGCGGGACUGUACAACUCUCAGCUCCUACCUGUCAGCUCUCCGUUGCAUUUUUGGUGGGUUUUUUUUUUUUUUUUGCAUUUUUGCUUGAGCUGCCAAAGAGGCGUCGAGAAAGUUUUUCCCUGAUCAGAGAAGUGGUUUGGGGUAGCAGGGCUGCGAAGUGAUAACUGCACUGAACGACACUUUAUUUUUUGGCUUAUUAUUUAGCACUGAGAAGCCAAGGGGGUUGGUGAUUGUAAUGGCACUUUGGGGAGUAGACUCCCCCUGGCCUUGCUUUGGAGAGAAGGCACGCGUGGUAUUCCAUCUGACUAGUCAGGAAGUUCGUACUGCAUCAGAGUGGGAUAAAUGGCCCUCCAAGAGUCCAUUGCCAAAAGAGUAGUUGCUUUCUUUGAGUUUUCAAAGCUUGAUUUUUGGAUUUGCUGGAUCAAAUAACCCACUUUUUCUUUAAAAGAAAAAAAGAGGGUUUAUCCUUCUAAAUAUGAGGGUGGGGUGGGUUAGGACUAGUGGGUGUUUAAGUGGGUUAGGUGGGAGUAACCUUGAGAAACUUGUAUGGCAAACUCCCUUGGGGAUUUUAAAUAGCACUACUGUUCUUAAAAGGGUUUUAUUUUUAACUUUAUCUGCUUUGUUAACAUCCAGUCCAGCUGAGCUGAUGGAAAACAGACUGUGUGUGAACACCUGACAUUGGAAACCGGUCUGGAUAGCUUGUUGUCUUUUGUCUUUACGUAAUGUUUUUGUGUGUUUGUUUUAAAGGACUAAUGUUUAUUAUUACAGUGUUAAAUAAAAGUGUAAUAUACUAAGUAUGUAGAAUAAAAGUGCAAUAACAAGAGAAAAUUACUCGGACACAAACUGCAGUUCUUACACUCUCUCCCCUCUUGUGCUCCCUUUCUCUAUCCAUAAUAUUGUUACAGCAGGACAGUGUUAAUUGUGUAUAUUUUUAAGCCAUACAACUAUGGGUUGAGUCUUCAUUUAGUGUAAUUUUGAAUGGCUGGACUUGGUUUUAUAGAGUGUGCUUCUGGGAUGCACACACACCAGAUGUGCUGUAUAAUAAAGAUCAUAUUAACAUUUUA